GCUUCAGCUUGUGCUUCAGGGACUGUGAGUUGGUGAAGCUCUGUGGAAUAAAAGGGCUCCUUCCUGGGUUCUGGGAUCCUGCAGCAGACUUUGGGUGGAUUUGUGUUGGAAACAGACAGAAUGACUCACUUUAAUAAAGGACCAGCCUAUGGACUGUCUGCAGAAGUCCGCAGUAAAAUUGCUCAGAAAUAUGACCCGCAGAAAGAAGAAGAGCUGCGUUUCUGGAUUGAGGAGGUCACAGGAAUGAGUAUCGGAGACAAUUUCCAAAGAGGUCUGAAAGAUGGCGUCAUCCUCUGCGAACUGAUCAACAAACUGCAGCCUGGUUCUGUAAAGAAAAUCAACCUGUCACAGCUGAACUGGCACAAGCUGGAGAACCUGGGGAACUUCAUCAAAGCCAUCCUGAACUACGGCCUGAAGCCCAACGACAUCUUUGAGGCAAACGACCUGUUUGAGAACGGCAACAUGACCCAAGUCCAGACCACCCUGUUGGCCCUGGCCUCUAUGGCCAAGACCAAAGGCAUGGACACUAAAAUCGAUAUCGGAGUGAAAUAUGCCGACAAACAAGCGCGACAUUUUGAUGAUGAGAAGAUCAAGGCUGGACAGUGUGUCAUCGGACUGCAGAUGGGGACGAAUAAAUGUGCGAGUCAAGCUGGAAUGACGGCGUACGGAACCAGACGACAUUUAUACGAUCCAAAGACUCAGACGGACAAACCCUACGACCAGACCACCAUCAGCCUGCAGAUGGGGACCAAUAAAGGAGCCAGUCAGGCGGGCAUGUCGGCCCCCGGUACCCGCAGAGACAUCUUCGACCAGAAGGUGGCGCAGCAGCCUCUGGACAACUCCACCAUCUCCCUGCAGAUGGGCACCAACAAGGUGGCGUCCCAGAGGGGCAUGAGCGUGUACGGCCUGGGCCGCCAGGUCUACGACCCCAAGUACUGCGCCCCCCCCACCGAGCCCGUCAUCCACGCCAACGGCAGCCAGGGCACCGGCACCAACGGCUCCGAGAUCAGCGACGGCGACUACCAGGCCGAGUUCCACGAGGACGACUACCACCACCGAGGUUACCAUGACGACUACAGCUCCCACUACAACGACCAGAGCAUCGACUAUUAGCGGAGAACAGUAGUAGCAACUCGUUAGCCUCCUAGCAUAACGAGCUAACUGCUACACAAACAGACCACAGACUGAUGGACGCACAGAGGAUUUAUUCUUUUUUUUUUUCAUUUUGUUUGAUUAUUUUGGUCUUUUUUUUAUCCAGUUUUGUUUGAUUAUUUUGGUGUUUGUUCUUUUUUUUUUCCUGUUAGAACAGAAACCCCUGGGUCCACAGACUGUAGUCCGUUUGUGUAGAACUUAGCUCUUUAUAAUCUGAGGAUGACCAGCUGUAUUUUCUCACCUCUUCAUCAGAACAGGUCUUUUUACUUUCUCCUCACUCGUCUUUUUAUUCUGUAUAAAAAACAGUCGUUGCCUCGUGCUCGUUCCUGUUCCACCUCGACUCUUUGUUUUGAGCAGCAGAAGUCCUACUAAUAUAGAAUAAUGACAGACAGACGCAGCGAUCUGAUGUUUGUUUUUAAACUCAACGGCCUCUUUUUUAAUCUUUUUUUAAGAACUCUUGUUGGUGGACCGCUGUCGUAGGGAUGCGUUUGUUCACAUCAGGUGAAGCUGCUCCAUUCCACCUUUUGUUUUCUUGGACUCAGACUGUACCCGUGACUCAUGUCAGAGGAAUUCCCAUGUGUACUCGGAUACAAUGGGCUGGUUUGUUUUUCUGUGCUCAUCCCUCGCUCUGCGUUCGCUCUGUUUUCAAACAAUCAGCCGCAGACGGCGUCUUCGGUACUUUUAUGUUUUUACUGCAUUUAGCCUCUAGACCUGUUAGAAAAUGUGUUGAAUUGAACAUGUUCCUGUAGUCACAUGACCUGCUGUCCAAACCCACACUAACUGUCCUGUGGUCACAUGACCAGGAGUUUCCGAUUGUGUUUUUCCAAACUGUAUUUAUUGCAAUGGCUCUCAUUGUAAACCAUUCCAUUGUUAAAGAAAAGUGUAUGCUAUAAAUAAAUAAAUAAAUUCUUCCAUUCUGAAA